GUCUAUGGCCCUCAGAGGUUGCUUCUGUUGCCAGGGCGGCCCCCGGCUGCGUUGUGCUGAUGAAGGCCAGCCGCCAUCUCCUGAGUUCGCCGUCGCUGCGCGGCGCGCUGCUGUCCUUGGUCGCCGACCGCUGCGGCGCCGCGACGGCGGAGGCCGUGCUGUUGGCGGAGCGUGGGCAGAUGCGGCAGCGCCUGCCGUGGCCACGCUGGCAGGACGCGCUGGUGGUGCUGCAACACUGCGGCCUGGCAGUACACCAGGAACGGCGCGCCAUGCAGGUGGCCCUGCGCAGUGGUCCCGUGAAGGCGGUGAAGUGGCUGCUCCACGCCCGCGCCGACGCGGAGAAGCCCGUCGAGGCGGACCUGACGCCCCUCCGGCUGGCGGCGCGCUUCGGAAAUGACGAGGUGGUGGAUACGUUGCUGGAAGGCAAGGCGGAGGCCAACACCCGCGGACGCUUCGGCUACACUGCCCUGAUGGUGGCGGCGAUGUACGGCCAUUCUGAGAUUGUCCAGCUGCUCUUGAGCAAGGGCGCACAGGUCAACACCAACGGCGACGGCGAGACCGCCAUCGACUUGGCGUAUCGCUACCCGCAGCUGGCGCAGCUCCUGCAGCGCCACGUGGACGCCUACGGAUGGACCGGCAGCGCGCCGCAGGAUGCCACGGAUGCCACGGAGAACAACGACGGGGCUUAA